CCUUCUGGCGAGCAAACAGUCCUGAAGUCAUUAUAUGUCGCUCAGCCUUUAUCGAAUAACAUCUUCCUUUCUCUUUAACACUAGAAAUGAUGAACAUCGUCUCUUCACUUUUUGGUCAUGACUAAAAGUAACAAAUUUUAGCGGCGCCUCCCAACACUUCUUUCAGUAACACGAGCGAUCGGUGGCUGGGUGGCUGCAGGCUGUCAACACAUGUUUUGCUGACGUCACGUACACUACCACAACUACUCAACCGUACAGCUACAGCUGCUGUGAGUAGUACGGAGUAAUAUAUAUAGCUCCGUGAUAAAAUGUGGAUGCCUGCCCUACAUUGGCAGUGGGCCCAUCAAGCUCACACAUACUUGGAAGAUAUUAGACCUGGGCUGUCUAGAGCACUUAUUCAUGGAGUUGUAGCUGGUGCUACAACUGUCUAUGUUGGUAGCCGCCUCUACCGCAGAUACCAAGCAAGAAGGCGGAUAGAGGAGAGAGGCAAUCAGGCAAGACAAGCCUGUGAGAAGUUAAGACAAAAACUGAGGAAUUAUGCUGAUCUGCAAAAGGAAGAAAUGAUUGUGAAUUUGAGCAUACAGGCGCUUCAGAAGCAACUACAAAGUGGUGAACUGAAAGCUGUGGAAGUAUUGAUAGCAUUCCAAAGAAAGGCCUUGGAAGUGACAUGAAGCUGAACUGCGUGACAGAGCCUAUUCAGGAAGCAGAGGAACAAGCACAACAACUUGACCUGCUGCCUCCAGAAAAACGAGGGCCCCUGCAUGGUAUUCCUGUCAGCAUCAAGGAGAGCAUAUCGCUCAAGGGUUAUGAUUGUACGGGUGGCUUGCAAGCUUUGGCAUUUCAGAAGAUGGAGAGAGAUGCAGAAAUUGUGCAGGUCUUGAAAAACCUUGGAGCAGUGCCAUUUAUGCGGACAAAUUUUCCACAAGGUUUGAUGACGUUUGCAUGUUCUAACCCAAUAUACGGUCAGACACUGCAUCCACUGGACAGCAAACGUGGCCCAGGUGGGUCAUCAGGAGGAGAAGGUGCUCUGAUUGGAGGAGGAGGAUCAAUCAUUGGCAUUGGAUCAGACAUUGGGGGCAGCAUUCGUAUACCAAGUUGUGUGUGUGGGGUGUAUGGAUUGAAGCCCACUGCAGGCAGAAUCGGAUCUAAGGGACAUUAUGCAGUUGGAUCAGGCCAAACACUUGUAAAAUUAUCAGUUGGACCAAUGGCUCGAGAUAUGGGAGGGCUGGUACUGGCAACAAAGGCUGUGUUGUCUCAAGAACAUUGCAAGCUUAGUCCUUUACUACCACCUGUUCCUUUCCGAAAUGAGAUAUUUGAGAAGAAGAACCCUAUGAGAAUUGGUUUCUACACAAAAAUUGAUGGUCUUCAAUCCCACCCUGGUGGAGUCCGUGCACUAUACCAGGCAAAGGCUGCCUUGGAAAGUCGGGGACAUACUGUGAUAGAAUUUCAGCCACCUUUGAACCUCUCUGCAUUCUUUGAACUUUAUGUAUCUGCUGUUUUUGGAGAUGAUGGAAAAGAGGUUCGGAAAUAUCUUGACAAAGAUGUUGUGGAUCGUUGUAAUCAUUGACAUAUUAUGCGCAAAAGACAUCACUUGUCGUCAGACGCUGAUUGGAAUGUGUCUUAGGCCAUUGGAUCCUGUUCUGGGACAAGCAUUUCUUGCUCAAGCACGGUUACCACAAAAAGUAUUGGAUUGGUGGCACUUAGCAGACAAAAUUCAG